UUUAAAAUGAUUAAAGUCUUGUGUAAGCAAAAUUAAUUUAAUAUUUAUUUAGAAUAAUUUACAAGAUUAUUCUUUAUAAAAAAGCGAAAUUAAGAAAAGAUAAAAACUAAAUUAAUAAAACCGAAAUUAUUAACAGUGCGUUUAUAUUCUCGUUUUUUUGCGAGGUUUUGCGUGUUUCUCUACAAAGCACCUAGUGCGCAAAUUGACCUGAAUGACAGUGUUGUUAUCAAUAACAAUUGACAGAUAAAAAAUUGGGCCGAUAUGGCCGGAUACAAUCUUCUUCUCUUUCGCAGGUGUUUGUCAAUAAAUGGUUUCAGAAAUAUCUGGACCUCGAGAACUUUAUUUUCCGAAGAGGCGAAAAAUACAUCUACCGAGGGAAGUGGUUCAAAUACCGAAACCGAAGAAGAGUACGAGAAAAAUAUCGAAUCGAAAAUUUUGAAUGCUUCACUAAAAUUUGUACAUAAUUACGGAUGGAGUCAGCAGGCAAUCAGUGCUGGUGCGGAAUCCAUUGGUUAUCCAGGAGUUAUUCACGGAAUGUUUCCAAAUGGAGGAGCAGAUUUAGUUCAGCAUUUUUAUUCCUCCUGUAAUCAGGAACUAAAUGAAAUGCUGAGGGCAAAGGCUUUGGCGAUUGAAGAAAAUCCUUCGGAACCAAAACCAACAGCUGAGGUUCAAGUCCGUGAGGCAAUGGAAAAUAGAUUAAGAAUGUUGGUACCGUACAAAAAAUCCUGGCCUCAAGCAAUGGCUCUUUUAGUCGUACCACCAAAUGUACCAAAGUCUAUAGCUAAUAUUUUAACACUCGUUGAUGAUAUUUGUUACUACGCUGGCGAUAGAUCUGUCGAUUUCAAUUGGUAUACGAGAAGAAUUGUUUUAGCUGGAAUUUAUAAAACAACGGAACUAUAUUUAUUGCAAGACAACAGUGAAGAUCACAAAGAGACCUGGAAAUUUUUGGAGAGAAGAAUAGAAGAUGCUAUUCAACUUCGUCGCGUACUUUCGAUUCCAAACGAUUUACCACCUCCAGAUCAAGCUCUCAGCAAAGCCUCCGAAGCUGCAAGUGCAGCUUUCAUAACAGCACGAAAUAUACUUGGUAUCAGUUGGAGAAAUAGGUAAAGAAGUUUGAAAUUUUUCAAAUUUUAGAUACUUGAAUUAUUUUGUGAAAUUAUAAUUUUUAUUAUAAAAAAAAAUGAUUAUAAAAAUUGUUUGAAAAAAAAUUUAAUUUCCAUUGUAUGAAAUUUUUAUUCUACACUAUUUUUAGUUAUUGUUUAUAGUAUAAAAAAAGGUUUUCAGUAUACUUUAAAAAAGAACAUUAACAUCAGUCUUAAUAUAUUUAUUUAAUUCAAUUAUCGACUUGUUUAUAAUUGUACUUGAGAAAGUCAACAGUAUUUUAAUUGAUAAAGAUGAAUUACGAAUUAUGAAACUAAUCACUAAUGAUAAACACUUAAUUUACUGGAAACAUUUGUUUUCUACUUUGGAAAUUCAUUAAAAUGCUUUCAACUUA